CUACUUUUUUUUCUCAAGAAAAAAAUGGCAGUUCGCACACUUUCUGUCUCGCCAAACGCGACCCGAACUCCCCACUACGAUUGCAGACGACCCAAUUCGAUUUUCCCACCUCUGACUCAGUUUCUCAGCCUCAAAAGCUUAAACACUUCAUGGCUGGGCACUUCCAAGCUCUCCCCAAUCAGAAUCCCACUGCCAGAGCAUCGCCCUAUCAGUGCUGCUGCCUUAUCCAGCCUCCCCACUGCUAAACCAGAGAGGGUUUUUUCACCUACAGAGGAAGUACCCAAAUUAUUUGAAUUUCGGGCUGGGUGUAGAUGGUCUUUAAAGGCUAUAAAGUCAUUUGCUAUGGCUGAAUUGGAAGCAAGGAAGCUAAACACCAAAGGGAUUGGGACAGAAGCUCUUCUCUUGGGGAUCUUGCUUGAAGCUACUAACCUGGCUGCGAACUUUUUGUGGGCAAAUGGGAUUACACUUUUCAAAGCGCGUGAGGAAGCUGUCAAGUUAUAUGGUGCCGAGCAAAAAAAAAAAGCUGUCAAGUUAUAUGGAAAACGUAACGCCGUUACCGAUAGGGAGCCCCCUCCUCUAACUGAAUCAGCUCAAAGGGCCCUUGACUGGGCUUUCGAUAAAAAGCUGAAAUCCGGUGAAAGUGGGGAAAUCACGCCUGCUCGUCUGCUUCUUGGUGUGUGGUCUGAAAAGGAAUCAGAUGGUUACAAAAUAAUGUCUGCCCUUGGCUUCAAUGACGAGAAAGCCAAACAGCUCGAGACCUUAAUUUCUAAACCUGGAAUUGGCGAUGAUUAAGCGUCUUUUGUAUUCUAAGCUCCUAUUGCUGAAAAUUCUCCAACCCUACAUUGAUAGAUGAUUCUGUUUUGGGCUUUUUAUUGAGAUUUGGGUGGAGUUAUUGAAGUCCAAACUCUUAUCAUUUGCCUCAGAAAAUCUCACAGGACAAUUAAAA